UUCAGAGUUCAAACCCUCUUUAAUUGCAUUUACACCUAUGACCUACCCACCAAAAACACUGAAACGAGCAAACCAGAAUGGGAACUGCCCUACCCUCUUUACUUUAAUUCAGUCACAACAAGGGCAAAAAAAAAAAGAAAGAAAAAAAAGAAUGAGCAAGUCUUCUGGUGCUGUUUUUCUCGCGCGCGCUCAGCGUGCGAUGUUUUCGUUUCCUAGUUAGUAGCAGCGAGAUUUUGAGGUUGUCGUGACCAAGUCCAUGGAACUGAAAUUCGUUCUCUUUCUACUCCCUUUGCUAGUUGUUGCUGCUCAUGGACUCGCUUCCAAUGCGCUUUGUCUUGCUUGCAGACACUGAACGAGACUUGUGGAUACUUCGAUGGUUCUCUCAAUAGGGACCCUAAAGUACCUUGCCCGAUUGGUUGGGUUAUGGACCCGAACAAAACCAAGUGCUUUCUCCAUGUUGGGAGGCCCCAAUCUUGGAAUGACUCAGAGACCUGUUGUAGUAAGUAUGGUGGACAUUUAGUGUCAUUGACAUCGCUUCAGGAGCUACAAUUUGCUCAAAGCCUAUGUGGUGAAUCUAUAAAUAGUUGCUGGAUUGGUGGGCAAAGACUCAACUCUACAGCUGGUUAUCAGUGGAUGUGGUCUAACAAUUCACCGUGGAACAACUCCAUAUUUUCUAUGGUCAAUGUUCCACCCCAUUGUAAUGGAACUGGACCGUCCUGUCAUAGGAACAGUACAGACAAUUUGUGUACAGUAGUGACUAAUAAUUCAAACUCUCUCAUAACUGAGAGAUGCGACAAUCCUCAUGCUUCUCUAUGUAUACUUGAUAUAGAUACAAAACGGAACCAAAUGCACCGUCGCAGAGAAUACCUUAUCAUCCUCACAGUGGUGAGUACCUUGAUACUCUCCACAACAUUAUCAGUGGUAGUUUGGCUUCUUGUAUAUAAGCGAGGCAAGAAAAGAAGGCGGUCUAGAAAACUAUCUAUUCCAGGAGCUUCUCUUCCAUCAUGGAAAGUCUUUACCAAAGAGGAAUUAAGGUCAAUUACAAAGAAUUUCAGUGAAGGUAACCGUCUUGUUGGGGAUGCCAAGACUGGUGGUACAUACAGUGGGGUUUUAUCAGAUGGUUCAAAAGUCGCAGUUAAGAGAUUAAAGAGGUCAAGCUUUCAGAGGAAAAAGGAGUUCUAUUCUGAAAUUAGCAGGGUUGCUCGGCUUCGUCAUCCUAAUCUGGUGGCUGUGAUGGGAUGCUGCUAUGAUCAUGGUGACCGCUACAUUGUUUAUGAGUUUGUAGCUAAUGGGCCCUUAGAUAAAUGGCUACAUCAUAUACCAAGGGGAGGUCGCAACUUAGAUUGGGCUAUGAGGAUGAAAAUUGCAACUACGCUUGCUCAAGGAAUUGCGUUUCUGCACGACAAGGUUAAGCCACAAGUUGUGCAUCGAGAUAUACGUGCUAGCAAUGUUCUGCUGGAUGAGGAGUUUGGAGCACAGCUUAUGGGUGUUGGUCUGUCCAAGUUUGUGCCAUAUGAGGUAAUGCACGAGAGGACUGUGAUGGCAGGUGGAACUUAUGGAUAUCUUGCCCCGGAGUUUGUGUACAGAAAUGAGCUCACAACAAAGAGUGAUGUGUAUAGUUUUGGUGUGCUACUACUUGAAAUUGUAAGUGGACGUAGACCUGCACAGGCAGUGGAUUCUGUGGGUUGGCAGAGUAUAUUUGAAUGGGCGACGCCUCUUGUGCAAGCUCAUCGCUAUCACGAACUCUUGGAUCUUCAUAUAACUUCCUCCUCUAUCAUCCCAGAGGCUAGUACCAUCCAAAAGGUUGUAGACCUUGUUUAUUCUUGCACGCAGCAUGUCCCGUCUAUGCGCCCUAGAAUGUCUCAUGUUGUUCACCAGCUGCAACAGAUUGCCCAGCCACCUGCAAAGUAAAGCUAAUGAAGCAGUAGUCUUGACCUCAAGUUUUUGUAUCUAUAACUUCAAAGUGGAGGGGGGUUUUUUGUUUUAAAUAUUAACAGAUAUUUAUGUAUGUACUUUAACCUGCCCUUUUUUAGGGUCGAAACUAAAUUAAGUGGGAAUUAGAGUUAGCCCAGGCAAAUUCUGCUAGACAAUAUUUGAUGUCAUACAUGUAAUGUAGGUGUAGUUGUAAUAUGGUACUAUUGAUGGAAUUGUACCCCUUUUUUCAUUCUUAGUAAAGUUGUAAAAUGGACAACAUUAAAAGGAAACUGAAGUGUGAAGGCAUCAUAUGUUCUUUGAUUA